GUCUUGCUUUUUGUUACUCAGUAACACCCAUGUCCUUUUCACUGUGUCGAAGGGAAUAUAAGCAAAUGUGGAGGAAAAGCGCGACCUCGUUGUGAAAAAUACAUUUGCGUUAGAUAUUAUUUAGCGUUUAGUUUAAUAAAUUGAUAAAGUGUGAAAGGAGAAAUGUGUGGAAGCGCUUUAGUGAUGCAUUAGGACGUAGACAGUCCGAUUUCUGCAACAUGAAGAGGACGAAACCUUUACGACAAGACCCCUUUCAGAUGCAUAGUUUAUCCUGUUAGUUUGUAGAGGGUUUUAGUUGAAAUCAUGUUGACAGGAUCUAAAACCACCUUUAAAGUGAGACAAAUGGUGCCAGACAUGAAGGAGAGGAUGCUGAGCCACAGUAGCGUUAAUGCACGGGGGAGAGAUGUGCUCGGACUCUGCUGUUUACCAGGAGAGUGUGUGCUGCAGCGAGCCGUACUGGUGAGGAAGAAGCUGUCGGCUAAUGAAGGAGGUGGCUGGUUGUCUGGGACUUUGUUCUGCACUCAUUUCAGAGUGGCCUUCGUGCCUCAGAACAGCAGGAAACCUGAUGAAAAUACAGAUCCCGUGCUGCUUGGAGACCAUGAUGUUGCUCUCGCCUCCAUCGACAAAGUCGUGGCAGUGGGACCAUCUCGCUCCAAACUGGUGACCCCCAACUGUACUCUGAAGUUCACCCCAGAGGAACUGGUGCUGUACUGCCGAGACCUGCGUGUUCUGUGCUUCUUGUUUGACAGACUCACACCUGACACCCAAGCUGUGGAGAUAACAUACACCAUUGCAAAGACCUAUCAACCACUGAAACCUGGGACCAUUCUCUCCUUCCAGAACGCUGCUUUGGGUAGUAUUGAAAUGAAGCAGUUCCUAAGCAACAGGCGGCGUGACCUUGACAUGAACUGGUUUGAGUGUUCAUCGGACUGGGAGCAGGAGCUGGAGAGGACUGGAGCCACUGGCUGGAGGGUCUGCUCUGUCAAUGACCGCUUUGAGAUGUCCACCAGUCUGCCCAGAUUCAAUGUGGUUCCCCAGAGGGUCCUGGACACAGAGCUCAAGAAAACAUUUGCCCACUUCAAUGAGGGACGAAUCCCACGAUGGUGUUGGCGACAUCCAUGUGGCAGCGACUUACUACGCAUGGCCAGCUUCCAAAAUAAUAUCUACCAUGAGAAGGACGACAUCAGGAACCUGGAGUUGGUACUGUUUGGCGGUCAGCAGCUGUGUGUCAUUGUAGAUUUGGGGGAGGAAGUUCCGUCACCUGCUGACAUCCAACUGGCUCAUACAAGACUUCAAACACUUUGUUUGGGCGACAUUUCGUCAUCUGUAUCAGUGCCAGACGACAAGUGGCUUUCUACACUUGAAACCACUCGCUGGCUUGACUAUACCAGGUGUUGUUUGAGAAAAGCCACCGAGGUUGCUUGUUUGCUCAGAGGAGGUCACAUGACUGUUGUUCUCCAAGAGCCAGAGGAUCGGGACAUGAACUGUGUAGUGUGCAGUCUGGUACAGGUGAUGUGUGACCCUCACUGCAGGACUGUUGCUGGAUUCCAGGGUCUGCUUCAGAAAGAGUGGAUAACGGCCGGACACAAAUUCCUUAGCCGGAUCAACUACAACCGGGACAGUGAUAAAGAGGAGGCCCCUGUGUUCCUGCUGUUCCUGGACUGUGUAUGGCAGCUGUGGGUGCAGUAUCCCGCACGCUUCCAGUUGACAGAAGACUACCUUCUGACGUUGCAUGACAGUGUACAUCUUCCACUCUUCAGUAGCUGCCUAGCCAACUGCCAGAGGGAUAGAUGUCGCCGUUCACAGCAUCUUCCCCAGAGCUACACACCAGUAAAUGGCCUGAGGGAGUUACCAAUGGGGCCCUCAGAGGAGCCAGUAGACCCGCCUUUUCCUCCAGUGUGGGACUGGGCCCUGCAGUACAGCAGCCAGAGACGAGCUCGCUUCACACAGCCCGUGUCCCAGCCCGUCUGCGCUCCACCUGUACUCAACGGAAACCUCAAUACAAACGUUGACCGUAGCUGGCACAAUGAUGGACUGCCAGGUUCUGUGUUCCUGCUGUCUCGGAGCUCUUUCUCGUGUCCCUCAAACCUGCUCCCAUGGAGGAGUGGGAACUCGGGCUCUUAUUGGAAGAGCCACCGCAGGGCCCCGUCCUCCGAGGGAUUGUCUGGACUUGAGCGUCUCAUCAGAGCCUAUUCACUCUCUGAAACCUCAGACAGCACCACAACACUCCAUGAUCCAUAUGAACCGUUGCUGCCCCUGCUGUUAGGACCCUGUGUGAGAGUUUGGAGGGGCUGCUAUUUACGGGGUGCACUACAUGCUCAGGCCUUCUCACACCCCAUGUCUUCCUGCAACCAGCAUCCAUUAGAGCAGCUGGCCAGGGAGGUGCAGCAGCUCCGAGACAAACUGGCUCAGGCUUCAGACCGACCCCCUGAAAACCAGAGCAAACGACAGGAGCUACGGCGCCUGGAGUCCAACCUCAACCAGAAUGCCAACAAUGGGACCUUCCUCUUUUCCUCUUCCUCUAGAACAUCUCAACAACAGCCACUGGCUGGAAGAGGACCAGCCCAGUCCUCCAUCCUGCCCAGAGCCCAACGGACCGCAUCAGAUCCACCCAGGGCUGCGCAGAGGAAUAACGGCAAGCACACAUUCCUGUUCGGCCACCAAGAGUCGCAGUCAGUGCCGCGAUACAUGCCUACCCCUAGUGCCAAAUUCCCCAAACACAAGGGAAACUCGCAUUGAUCUAUUGGAAGGAGAAACAACAAUCUCUUGUUUGUUUUAGAGGCGAUCGAAUAUGCUUUGGAAUAAGAUACAAACUAGAAACGGAACUGAAAACUGUACAUGUUGCACACCAAGUAUGUGUAUUUAAAAAAGGCGCUGUUUUUUUUUAUUAGUAGCUUUAUAGUGUUGAAGGAAAAAUAACUUGGCAAAAACCGUGCAAAAUUGUCCAAAAAAAAAAAAAAAAAGUUUUUAACUUUAACAAGCAGGAUGAAGUUGAAUAAACCAGAGAGAACUGUAGUUUCAGCAAGCGUGUUUUAAAGAAAUAGGUCAACUAAAAAAAAAAUACUCACAAUCAUGUCGUUCCAAACUCAGAUGCUGUUAUUUUUUCUGUUAAACACAGAAAAAAAUGGAUUUUUCAUAUACAGGUGCUGGUCAUAUA